CCCCCAUUUUCUUCUGUUUUUUUUUCACCAUUUUCGAUCAUUUCACCAUGGAUAUCAAGAUUGAAAGUGAAGAUAUUGAAGAACAACAAACACAACCUCUUAUAGAAAACGAACAACAACCUAGAAAAGAAGCGAAAACUCGAAGCCAAAAGGCCAUAAGAAAAACAUUGAAAGGCACAUCCCAUUUAUCAAGCCUCCUUCCCUCAGGCUCAAUCCUAAUAUUUGAGAUGUUUUCACCCAUUCUAACAAACCAAGGCCAAUGUGUAACAUUCCAAGCACAAGUCAUGACAUUAUGCCUUAUAACAUUGGUUAGUUUAUCCUGUAUUCUCAUGUGUUUCACAGAUAGUAUUAGAGACGAAAGAGGUAAAGUUCGAUACGGGAUUGCAACAUUUCGAGGGAUAUGGAUUGUUGAUGGUUCUGUAAAACUUAGCUCUGAAGAAGCUGUCAAGUAUCGAAUCGGUGUUAUUGACUUUCUUCAUGCGUUCAUGGGGUUGUUGGUGUUCAUGGCGGUUGCUUUGUUGGAUCAAAAUGUUGUUAAAUGUUUGUUUCCAUUGCCAUCUCAACAAACCAAGGAAAGAGUACUUGUUAUGUUUCCUAUUGGAGUUGCUGUUGUUUGUGGUUUCUUGUUUAUUUGUUUUCCUACCAAACGUAAUACCCUUGUAUCUCCUCUUUCUAAAACCUAA